CGCAAAUCUGACUUGCAGACUUUAAUAAGUUUCUUUAUCAUUUUUUUCAUUUUAUUUAAUUGUAUUUACUGAAAACCAAAGGGCGAUAAAAAAGAAAAAGAAACGAGAAAAGACUUUUUACAGUCUCUAACUUUUUUUUCCCCCCCAUCUUCCGUUGUUAAAUAAAAAUCACUAUCAGAGAGUCUCGUCCAAUAAAACGCAGAGUGGCCAAGGUCGGAGGAGGAACAAGGAGGAGGAGGAAGAAGAAGAACCUUCGGAUGCACAGAGCUCGCAAAUACUUCUCGGCAGAUUGCACUAAAGCCUGACGACGCGGCUCCACUGGACCCGAAGAUCCCCCUUGCUCCCCUGCCGGCGAUCGCAAUGUCCUCCGCCGCGUCAUCCCGAUCUCUCCAUCUCUUCCUCUGCGCUCUUCUUCUCAUCUCUCCUCUCGUCCUCGCCUCCGAGUCAGAUCACAAGUAUCAACCAGAUGAUCCUGUUACUCUUUGGGUGAACAAAGUUGGUCCUUAUAAUAAUCCCCAAGAAACGUACAACUACUACAGCCUUCCAUUUUGCCGUCCAGCUGGAAAUUCUGCACACAAAUGGGGUGGUCUUGGUGAAGUCCUGGGUGGAAAUGAACUUAUUGAUAGCUUGCUCGACAUCAAGUUCCAGAAGAAUGUAGACAAAGGUUCCAUUUGUCAGCUCGACCUCGAUGAAGCUAAGGUCAGACAGUUCAAAGAUGCCAUUGAGAACAGUUACUGGUUUGAGUUCUUCAUGGGUAUGUUCAGUUUUGGCUUGUCUUUGGCGUCUUGUUUCCAUCUCCAUCUGAUUUCAAAAAAAUUCUGAUAACAUCAGGAAACUGGGCAAAUCUUCUUAAAGCUUUGAUCUCCACUUCACCUAUUUUAGCAAGGAACCUGUUUCUCUUUUUGGUUUUAUUAGUUAUGGUUGAUUAGUUUUCAUGAUUGGUUUUCAAGGUUGAUUCACUAAUGAGUUUCUUGUGUCUUCUGAUUCGUGAUCUUCUGUUCUAUGACCACUAAUGCAGAUGACUUGCCACUAUGGGGCUUUGUUGGGGAGUUGCAUCCUGAUAAAAACAGUGACAAUGGUAAACAUGUUCUGUACACACACAAGACUAUUACGGUUAAAUAUAACAAAAAUCAGAUCAUUCAUGUUAAUCUGACUCAAGAGGGUGCUAAACCCCUCGAAGCGGGUAGAAGUGUGGAAAUGACGUACUCUGUCAAAUGGAUUGCAACUAAUGUUUCUUUUGCUCGUCGCUUUGAUGUCUACUUGGAUUAUCCUUUCUUUGAGCACCAGAUCCAUUGGUUUUCCAUUUUCAACUCUUUCAUGAUGGUCAUCUUCCUCACCGGUUUGGUCUCGAUGAUAUUAAUGCGUACCCUUAGAAAUGACUACGCUAAGUAUGCUAGAGAAGAUGAUGAUCUGGAGUCUUUGGAAAGAGAUGUCAGUGAAGAGUCUGGUUGGAAGCUUGUCCAUGGAGAUGUUUUCCGCCCUCCUCGCAAUUUGGUUAUUCUGUCAGCUGUUGUUGGGACUGGUGCUCAGCUGGCACUGCUUGUGCUUCUUGUCAUCCUAUUGGCUAUUGUUGGGAUGUUGUAUGUUGGGAGAGGAGCAAUCGUGACGACUUUCAUUGUUUGCUAUGCUCUGACAUCAUUCAUUUCUGGUUAUGUUAGUGGAGGAAUGUAUUCCCGUCAUGGAGGUAAAAGUUGGAUAAAGGCCAUGAUCCUAACGGCUUCUUUGUUCCCGUUUUUGUGCUUUGGAAUUGGGUUUAUUUUGAACACAAUUGCCAUAUUCUAUGGAUCUCUUGCUGCCAUCCCAUUCGGUACCAUAGUGGUUGUUUUCGUCAUUUGGGGUUUCAUAUCUUUCCCCCUAGCACUGCUUGGUACAGUGGUUGGUAGGAAUUGGAGUGGUGCUCCAAAUAACCCUUGCCGUGUUAAGACCAUUCCUCGACCAAUCCCAGAGAAGAAAUGGUACCUAACACCAUCUGUGGUAUCAAUGAUGGGGGGACUACUUCCCUUUGGUAGCAUAUUCAUCGAGAUGUACUUUGUUUUCACGUCUUUCUGGAAUUACAAGGUCUACUAUGUGUAUGGCUUCAUGCUGCUUGUUUUCCUGAUUCUCAUCAUUGUAACUGUUUGUGUGACAAUUGUGGGCGCAUAUUUCUUGCUGAAUGCUGAGAACUACCAUUGGCAAUGGACCUCCUUCCUCUCUGCUGCAUCAACAGCUGUGUAUGUGUACUUGUACUCGAUCUACUACUACUACGUGAAGACUAAGAUGUCUGGCUUCUUCCAGACCAGCUUCUAUUUUGGAUACACUUUGAUGUUCUGCCUUGGCCUCGGAAUACUCUGUGGUGCUGUUGGUUAUCUAGGCUCAAACUUGUUUGUAAGGAGGAUCUACAGAAACAUCAAGUGUGACUAGUAGAACUGGGCGGUUCGCAGAACCAGGGGACUGGGCGCUUCCUUCUCCCAAGCCCUAAUAUUCUUUUAACAUCCCGGGGACACGAUUCUCGAGAUUCGAAGCAUCUGGUCAACUCAACGGACGAAUUUUCAGGAAAACUUGUAGUGGACGAAUCAACAACAAAGCUUUUGAUAGGGAUUGGGGACUGUAACUCUUCCCUGGAAUAGCGGGGGAAGCAGUUGUUGAAGAGGGUUUGUUCUUGGUGUUCCUGUUUUUUCCUUUUUGUCCCCCCAUCUGUAAGUGAAAGAGGUUUUUGAUUUAGAAUCCCAGAGAUUUGUCAUAUAUCUGUGAAGCAUUAGCAGGAAAUAUAUUGGACCUCUCUCGCCGUCAUUUCAUCCGAUGCCAUGUUAGAACUAAGAACUGAUACCCUAAUUUUGAUUGAUUCAAUGCGACUCCCUCGAACUG